ACCCUCAGACGUAAACCAACCCAAACCCUUUGAAAAGCUCCAAAGAAAAUAAGAUGGUUUAUAAAACUUCUUUUCUUGUUCAAAUGUUUUAUUGACUCAUAGAGAUGAAGGGAUGGUGAUGAUUGAUAUGCCUGGUGUAGUGUUAUUUGGAGUAAUAUGUCAUUAGAUUUGUUCUGUGAAAUGAAGAAAGCAGUAGGUACUUUGCAUUUUUCGUCUGUACAUCUAAUGUGCAGUUUCUUAGCCCAUCAAAACUAAUUUUGGAUCCCAAAUGGACCUUUAGAUCUAUAAGUGCCAUUAAUGGUCUUUUCUCAGUUAAGUAUGUGUAUUUAUGUGCCCUUCUUGGGUGUAUUUCUGUGAAGGAUUCUGAAGGGUGAAUGAUAAAUAACCAGAAAACAAGUGCCAAUUAAAAUCCUUUACCAUAACUGGUUGUGGCCCUUUCCCAUCAAAGUACAGCAUGUUUAGAUCAAAUUUAACUUUUUUGAGAUGCUUGCCUGCUUAGUUUCCCAAUUUAGCUCCUUUUUCUGCUAACAAAAGAAACUUUUCCAUCUAGAGGAGCAUGUUUCUUCUCUACCCACAUGUGAAUCCUGUGUUCAAACACUACAAAGAUUUUUAAGUGGUUUUUAAAAACAAAGACAUGUGGUCAUUUUGGGGGGUUUCUCUUUUCCUUCUAAAUGUCAUGGUCCCUUUUAUCCUUUCUUUCUGGAUUCUCUAUUUUUCUUUUCCCAAAUUUUUUUUUUCCUGAGUGAUUUUUGCUUCCAGCUGAUGUGAGGGCUUUGAUGGUGUGAUUUAUGUGUUAGGAUUACAACUGCUAUUCCCAAAAGGCCCUAAAAUGCUGUGGCUCAAGUUAGUUUAGAAGUUUACUACUCUUUCUUCCAAAUUCCAUGUCUGCAUGGAAGAAGGCUGGUUUUCCUCCAGGUUCCCCAGCAAGAAUGACGGAAAGGGAGAGGCUGGGGACAGCAACUUACCUCCCACUGGCAAAACUCAAUCUCCUGGGAUUCCACCAGCCCUUACCUAGUUACGAAGAGACUGGGAAAGGUACUCCCUAGCUGUGGGGCUCCUCUUAGUUAAAAUCCCUGGGGUGGGAGGAUGCUUUUCCUAAAACAAAGAAGGGAGGGAAGAAUCUCUGGUGGACUGUUAGUCUCUGUCACAACUCAUUUAGCUACAAAUUUUUGUUUUGUUUUAUUUUGAGACAAGAGUCUGGUUUUGUUGCCCAGGCUAGAAUGGGCAGUGGCGCAAUCUCGGCUCACUGUAACCUUUGUCUCCUGGGUUCAAGUGAUUCUCCUGCGUCAGCCUCCCUGUCACCAUGCCUGGCUUUUUUUUAAAUUUUUUUUUAUUUAUCUUUAGUAGAGAUGAGGGUUUCACCAUGUUAUCCAGGCUGCUCUCAAACUCCUGACCUCAAGUGAUCCUCCUGCCUUGGCCUCUUAAAAUGCUGGGAUUACAGGCAUGCACCACCUCGCCAGACCUACCAAAAAUUUUUAAAGCAAUCAAAGAGAAGUACACAGACUGGACAGAAUUUCUCAUACGUGACUUGACCGGUUCGAGGACAGCACCUGCCAACCUCCUGGAAGGUCCUCUGCGAGGGAAAGGCCCUAUAGACCUCAUUACAGUUGGUUCCUUAAUAGAGCUUCAGGAUUCCCAGAGCCCUUUUCAGUACUGGAUAGUUAGUGUGAUUGAAAAUGUUGGAGGAAGAUUACGCCUUCGCUAUGUGGGAUUGGAGGACACUGAAUCCUAUGACCAGUGGUUGUUUUACUUGGAUUACAGACUUCGACCAGUUGGUUGGUGUCAAGAGAAUAAAUACAGAAUGGACCCACCUUCAGAAAUCUAUCCUUUGAAGAUGGCCUCUGAAUGGAAAUGUACUCUGGAAAAAUCCCUUACUGAUGCUGCCAAGUGUCCUCUUCCAAUGGAAGUAUUUAAGGAUCACGCAGAUUUGCGAAGCCAUUUCUUCACAGUUGGGAUGAAGCUGGAGACAGUGAAUAUGAGCGAGCCCUUUUACAUCUCUCCUGCAUCAGUGACUAAGGUUUUUAACAAUCACUUUUUUCAAGUGACUAUUGAUGACCUAAGACCUGAGCCAAGUCAAGUUUCAGUGCUGUGCCAUGCAGAUUCUCUGGGGAUUUUGCCAGUACAGUGGUGCCUUAAAAAUGGAGUCAGCCUCACUCCUCCCAAAGGUUACUCUGGCCAGGACUUUGACUGGGCAGAUUAUCACAAGCAGCAUGGGGCGCAGGAAGCCCCUCCCUUCUGCUUCCGAAAUACAUCAUUCAGUCGAGGUUUCACAAAGAACAUGAAACUCGAAGCUGUGAACCCCAGGAAUCCAGGAGAACUGUGUGUGGCCUCCGUUGUGAGCGUGAGGGGGCGGCUGAUGUGGCUUCACCUGGAAGGGCUGCAGACUCCUGUUCCAGAGGUUAUUGUUGAUGUGGAGUCCAUGGACAUCUUCCCCGUGGGCUGGUGUGAAGCCAAUUCUUAUCCUUUGACUACACCACACAAAACAGUCUCACAAAAGAAGAGAAAGAUUGCAGUUGUGCAACCGGAGAAACAAUCGCCGGCCGCAGUGCCUGUUAAGAAAAUACCUCAUGACCUUUGUUUAUUCCCUCACCUGGACACCACAGGAACCGUCAAUGGGAAAUACUGCUGUCCUCAGCUCUUCAUCAACCACAGGUGUUUCUCAGGCCCUUACCUGAACAAAGGAAGGAUUGCCGAGCUACCUCAGUCGGUGGGACCAGGCAAAUGCGUGCUGGUUCUUAAAGAGGUUCUGAGCAUGAUAAUCAACGCAGCCUACAAGCCCGGAAGGGUAUUAAGAGAAUUACAGCUGGUAGAAGAUCCCCACUGGAAUUUUCAGGAGGAGACGUUGAAAGCCAAAUACAGAGGCAAAACAUACAGGGCUGUGGUCAAAAUCGUACGGACGUCUGACCAGGUCGCAAAUUUCUGCCGCCGAGUCUGUGCCAAGCUAGAGUGCUGUCCAAAUUUGUUUAGUCCUGUGCUGGUAUCUGAACACUGCCCAGAGAACUGCUCCAUUCAUACCAAAACCAAGUACACCUAUUACUAUGGAAAGAGAAAGAAGAUCUCCAAGCCCCCCAUUGGAGAAAGCAACCCCGACAGCGGACACCCCAAACCCACGAGGCGGAGGAAGCGACGGAAAUCCAUUUUCGUGCAGAAGAAACGGAGGUCUUCCGCCAUGGACUUCACGGCGGGCUCGGGGGAGGAAAGUGAGGAGGAGGACGCUGACGCUAUGGACGACGACACCGUCAGUGAGGAGACCGGCUCCGAGCUCCGGGAUGACCAGACAGACACCUCGUCAGCGGAGGUGCCCUCGGCCCGGCCCCGGAGGGCUGUCACCCUGCGGAGUGGCUCAGAGACCCCACGCCCGCCACCCCCGGAGAGGACACGAAGGGGCCGCAGGGCGCCGGCCGCCUCCUCUGUGGAGGAAGGGGAGAAGUGCCCGCCGGCCAAGCCCGAGGGGACAGAGGACGCGAAACAAGAGGAGGAGGAGAGACUGGUUCUGGAGAGCAACCCCUUGGAGUGGACGGUCACCGACGUGGUGAGGUUCAUUAAGCUGACGGACUGUGCCCCCUUGGCCAAGAUAUUUCAGGAGCAGGACAUUGACGGCCAAGCACUCCUGCUUCUGACCCUGCCAACGGUGCAGGAGUGCAUGGAGCUGAAGCUGGGGCCUGCCAUCAAGUUAUGCCACCAGAUUGAGAGAGUCAAAGUGGCUUUCUACGCCCAGUACGCCAACUGAGUCUGCCCUUGGGAGGUGGCCCAUUGUUGCUGGGAUGCGGUGUUGGUAAAGGUUACCAGGACUGAAACUUUGAUUUCCAGGAUAUGUUACAUGGUACGGACACUGAGUAUCACCAGAAAGCCAGAAGCCCAGGAUCUCCUGCCUCUGCCAGCCUGUGAGCUGUUUCCACGUUUUCAAAGCACAGUGAGGCACUGCAGACAUCGCUUCUGGGGAGUGCAUCGGCCUCUGAGGGGAUGUGGGCCUGCUUCUUUGUUCACCCACAUUUUGCCUUUCUGCCACCACAAACCAGGCGUCUCCCUUGGAGCCAGGUUUCUUAAAAGGAGGCCUGCAUUCUUUGAAAACUAGGAAUGUCACCAAGGAAGAAACCUCACUCCAUGCCAUAGAGCUUCCUGUAAUGAAACGGGCACAUCUAUUGACGCUGUUUCCUACGGAUAGGUGUGUGACACUGGUCAAGUGGCACUGACGAUUUCAUCUUGGUGGCAACUCCUUUCUCUAACACAGCUGGCAGCAAUGUCCUUAUGAAAAGAUGUGCUAAAGCUCUGUCCUCUGUUAGAAGUGCUGCUUGGGAAUACGGGCAGUGAAAGAGGCCGGUGGGCUUCUCCAUGCAACUGGAUGAUCUGUUCAUUGUGUUGCGUUUUUAGAGACAGAGUCUUGCUCUGUCGCCCAGGCUGGAGUGCAGUGGCAUGAUCUCAGCUCACUGCAACCUCUGCCUCCUGAGUUCAAGUGAUUCUCCUGCCCCGGCCUCCCAAGUAGCUGGGAUUACAGGCUCCCACCACCGUGCCCAGCUAAUUUUUGUAUUUUUCUUAGAGACGAGGUUUCACCAUGUUGGCCAGGCUGGUCUCGAACUCCUGACAUCAAGUGAUCUGCCCACAUCAGCCUCCCAAUGUGCUGGGAUCACAGGCAUGAGCCACCACGCCCGGUCCAACUGGAUGGCUAUUGAUUGAAACCUAGAAUAUCUGUAGAGACAAACUCUACCCAGUCUUUUCUAGACCCUCAACUAUCUCCACUGUUGUAGUUUAAUUGUAGCCAAAUAAGAGAAUGAGUCUUUUAGGCAAAUGUUGGAUCAUAUAUCGAAGGAGAAGCUUAAUUUCAGAGAGCAGGAAGGGAAAGAGAUGUGGGGGAAGCGUUCCUUGAACCAGCUACACCCCCUGAGAAAGAUCACUGCAGCGUCACUGAGCAGGAGUCCCUCUGAGCAUCCCUUCUGUCUUGUUCUGCCCCAGCUGGCCUCAUAUGCACCAGGCACAAUGCAGCCUGAGCACUGAAUCUGGAGUCAGCCGCUUGGCACCCGGGUUUUCCUGAGAACUAACUCUGAGAUCUUGGGUGACUUCUUAUCACUCUGGACCUCGGUUCCUAUGAAGUGACAGGUGUGGACACCGAGGGUCUGGGGGCAAGCAUGCUGUCUCCUGCUGGCAUUCAUCCUGCUCAUGAAGGAAAGGAAGAUCCAGAUUGACCAAAAACGACAAAAAGAAAGAAGUGAUUCCCAGUUCUAACCCUGCCGUCCUGUAGCUCCUUCUGGCUUUGAGUUUGCUCGUGGAAUUUCUCGGGCAGUUCUGUUAAAUCUGCCAGGUCACGUGCAGACGUAUCUGUGGCUGUGGGAGUUGGCUGGCCUCUUGGACCGGUGCCAGGUCACGUGCAGACGUAUCUGUGGCUGUGGGAGUUGGCUGGCCUCUUGGACCGGUGCCAAUCUCCAUAUCCUCAUGAGUGAUUCGGGAUCUACACGCAGACCCCGCGGACUACAGGGUCCCGCUCUGGCGGCUGCCUAGAUGCCUUUUUAAACUUAUGCAAGGAAACCAAACCCUCCCAUGGUUCCUGAGCAGAUGCCGGAAGCAGAGGUUUUGCAGCCUUCCUGCUUUUCCACCAUAAUUACCUUGAGCUCGUCCCUUGGACUGGAGUCUCCACAGUUGCAGUAAAAUCCUGUGGUGGGCUAAUGAGCUGCUUGCAUUUCUGUGACGUUUUCAGAUACGAUCCUUGGUGGGAUUUUUGGAAACUUUGAUUGCUCAAGCUCACCCUUCUUCACAUUCUGUAAUGGUAGAUGAGAUACUUUAUGGAUGAGGCUUUCUGGUCUCCCCUGCAGCCGAGUUCUAUAAUCCAGUUUUAGAGUUUGGCUGGUGGAUGUGCCUGGGGGCCUCGGAUGGGAGGAGUGUGACAUCUGUGCCGGGACAGAGACAUCUCUGGGAUCCGUGGUUGGCUUGCCUCGGGCAGCUCUCCUUCGAAGCUCAAGUUCUGACCUCUCUGCGGUUCUCCACCCACCCCUGCCUUCUCAGCCACAUGCUUUUGGCCUUAAACGCUCUGUCUGUGGAGUUAAACCCUGUCAGAUGAUUGGAAGGGGCAUCCAUUUCCAGACCUUUGGCAUUCUCCCCGUGCCGACUCCUUGAUCCUUCACCAUGGCCUUUUCAAGCUGAGCUGUUUCUGUUGUAUUUGAGACAAGGAUGAGGGAACGUGGUGGCCACAACAGAACAGGGACUUGCAGAACGAAUGCCACUUCCGUCUCCCUUCUCAGUGGUGGCACGGAGAGGAUGUGCUGCAUUGGAGGGAGGAGAUCCUCUGGGUGGGGGGUCUCCGGAGCCCACCCAGAGAGCUGGAAUAUGACCCACCAGGAGCCCAAGAAGGAGGCGGCCACUGUCUCUGGGGAAAGAAUUUGCUUCCCAUGGGGCCAAGUGUCCAAGACUCUCUGUGUCCUUCACCUGUAGUUAACUUCAGUGCUUCUCUGUGCAGUUGCAGUCACCGUGGGUGCCCAUUCUGUGUGUGUGUGCCAGGGAGGAGAUGGCUGUGGCCACGGCACAGGAGGGCACAGCCUGGCGUCACCAUGACGGUUGUCUCUAUGCCAUCUCUCUGGUCCUUGAGGAGAGCCCAGAGGGAUUUUAGGAGCGAGGAGGUGCUGAUGCUGCAGGUGUUGCCAGUGUCCUUCGAGCUUGGAUUCUUGGGGGAUUUCAGUCGCGGUGAGUGGACUUCACCCCAGCAGCAAUUCUGGUACAGAACUGUAAUGUGUUUUCACGUCUCUGUAGGAUUCACCUCUCACUCGCGUCUGUCUUAAAGAUAGGGCCAAUUUCAUGGAGCAUUUUUCUCUAUGUGUCCUUGUUGCUUUUGGCAGAAAAAGUAGAUUUGACAUGUGUGCCCCAAUGUCACCAUAGUCCCUAGGCCAAAAAUGUCAUGGUCUAAACACGAAGAAGUGAUUCCUCACAUUCCUUCCCUGGAUGGUACCAUUUCUUCACCGUCUCUCCUUGAUGAUCCUUUGGGACCAAAGUCCUCUCCUGUGUCCUCUCCAAAGCCCCACAUCCUGUGGAACGCCACGGGAACUGGCCCAGCAGACUCUACCAUCUGCGCCCUGUGGAAACCCUGAGAAAGAGACGCCACCUGCACUUGAAUCGCGACAGCCCGUCACGCAGUCUCACCCUAAGCUGACGGAGCUUGUUUCGGCUCCUCGCUUCUUGACUGCUGUAGUACCAUGUUGAAGAAAUCCUGCCCACAAAAACCCAAACCUAACAACUAGAAAAGGAACCGGGUACUGCUGGCAUCACAGAACUCCUUUGCCUUUCAAAACAAAAGCAAAGCCCCAUUAACGUCACCACAGAGCUUCACAGCAUGGGGAACUCAGCCUUCCCUUUAAAAUUAGAGUCAUUGGAUCCAAGUUUGAGUCGGACACAGUAUUUGAGCUGCGCGGCUUCUGGGUUCUCCCACCUUAUUUGAUCAUAUUUGAAAGACUAGUUCCCGUGUUUACUUAGAUUUGUUCCUCAGUACGAGUACGUUAAGAUAACCCGCACCUUGAACGCUGCUCCUGUGACCUUUACUGCCCUCUCUAGAGGGUCGAUUUUGAUGAGCCUUUUGAAGAUGGGUGUCGUUUCCCUAAUUUACCCCACAGGACUUUGAGCGUUGUCUUCGGCCAAACACCCCUUUCUAAGAGCUGUGCCCCCUUCCUUUUAGAAGCACUAGGGGUUUUCAUGCUUAUUUUAUAGACCACCCGUUUAUAUUUAUUUCUGUAUAUAGAAGUAAAACAGUGUUAAAAGUCUUUGUUGUGGUUUGAGCAUCUUGGCUGCUUGGAUUAAGGUGUGAAUCAAGGCUCCGCUUCCUCUCUUUUCGGUCUUUAGAAAGCUGUGAUCGCGCGUGCAGUUAUUUGAAGGGAAACAUAGUAAAUUAAGAAACGUGUAGUUGUUAAGGAAGAAACUGUUGGCGAGAUAUCCAUCCUGCUCGUAUCUCGUGGGUGCAAUAAUUAAGUAGCAAGGGAAAUCCCUAUUGGCAACUAUUCGAAUUUAAUAAUUCUUUUUUGUUUAUUGCUCUUUUCUGUUCAAGCGUUUUCUGGAAAUUACUUCCUUUCAUGGGGUUGAAUUCUCAAGUUGACUAAUUCUCACGGCUCUUAUCUCUAGAAGGGUUUACAGAAACCCCAAACAUACUAUGAUAAAAUCAAAUUGUGCUACUUUUGACCCAUGUGAUUUAUCUAAAAAUUAUAACUGCUGACAUAGAGUGCUGCCUUGAAUUUUGGUUCAGAACCUCUCUAGUUUAAACAAUCCCAUGUUGUUUGAGGAAGGGGCCAUAACCCUUCUGUACUGUUGGCGUUAAGUAAUGAGAAUUUGGUCCCAGUGAGUAUGAACGUUGUACCGCUAACCAAGGCAGAGCAGUGCUUUCUGUGUGGCUGAAGAGAUGUGCUAGCAAAAGAAUGAAUAUUCUAGAACAAUCGUUGGCUAAAAAUCGCCUUAGGAUAAAAAAAUUGAGGCAAAUUUUUUAAAUGACAGAAAAAAUACUCAUCUCACUUGUUUGAAACAGAAGCUAGCACGAUCUCUAGAAGCAUAAACUAUCCCUCGUCGUGAAUGUUGAAAGCCCUUUCACUGUUUUGCAUUCUAGUUUGAAUAGUUUGUAUUGAGAUUGGAUUCCUUUCUUGUGUAUGUUUUGGUGCAUAAAAGGGAAAAAUUGGUGUCGUUACUUUUGAAAUUUGCAGGACGAAGGGCAUGCUGUUGGUUUGCUGUAAGAUUGUAUUCUGUAUAUAUGUUUUCAUGUAAAUAAAUGAAAAUCUAUAUCAGAGUUAUAUUUUAAUUUUUAUUCUAAAUGAAAAAAACCCUUUUUACUUGAAAAAAACUUGUAAGCCACAUUGUUAAUAAAGUAAACAUAAAUUCUA